CCACCCCGCAGCUGUCCCCUCCCGCUCACCGCACAUCAGCCAAUCGCAUCUCACAGCUUUUUUCCCGGCUCCUCCCACUCACUCUCACUAUGGCUACAGCUACCGCCCCAUCCCUUUUAGUGCUGUGACUGACGCACCGAGAAGCCAAUCAGGCGGCUGAUAAUACUCCGGACGUCUUGUAGAUAGUGGCAGCUGCAUCACAAAGGUCAUCACUAGAGUAAUCAACUGUAGCUACUAUCAGUGUCCUCAUAUGUGCUGCGGCCAUUUUCCUGUAGUCUCUUAUACGUGAUAGGUUGUCAGAGCCUCAAGGAGUGACGUAGAAGAGGGGGCGGAGUUAGGGAGUCCUCAACCGCCAUUUUGGAGAUCUUCAUUAAAACAGAUAAUUACGUGGUGCGGAUCCAGAGACUUUGAGGAUGGACAUGGACCGGAGUCACACAAAUGAGAGGAUAUUACAUCUCACCCUGGAGAUCGUCCACCUGCUGACUGGGGAGGGUUACACAGUAGUGAAGAAGACAUUCCUUGACCAUCUGACAACCAUUAGCUGUGCCUCCAUCACGGUGCCUCCACCUCAGUCACAGAUACAUGAGAGGGACGAUGACCAGAAGAUCCUGGAACUCACUAACAAGAUCAUUCAGCAGCCAUCUGGAGAGGAGGGGGAGUAUAUAGAGGAACACAGGGGUCUGUACAAGGACGUGAUGAUGGAGAAUCACCGGCCCCUCACAUCACUGGAUGGACCCAGUAACAGAGAUACCCCAGAGAGAUGUCCCCGUCCUCUGUAUUCCCAGGAUUGUACAGAGGAGAAUCACAGGAUCCCACAGAAGGAUCAGGAUGAAUUUCUGACUGAUAAUAAUGCAGAAUAUAUAGUGGGAGAAGAAGAGACGUAUUUUACUGAUAAUAUGGCAAAACAUACAGAAGAAGAAGAAGAGACGUAUGUGACUGAUAUGAAGGAAGAAUUUAUAGAGGGAGAAGAAAAGACGUAUUUUACUGAUAAUAUGGCAAAACAUACAGAAGAAGAAGGAGAAGAAGAAGAGACGUAUGUGAGGGGGGAUCAGCAGUGUAAGGAGGAGCAAAUACCUACAGCCAUCAGCACAGCAGAUGGACAGAGGGGCAGGAAUACCUCGGAGGGACAUCUAACUUUGUUUCCAGAUUUUAAAUUAGAAGAGAAGAACAUCACACGAGAUUCUGCAGGAGAAAACCUUAUUACCCCAAUUAUACAUCCAGUACCUCAUAGUGCAGAUAUAUCAUCUGAUCCCUCUAACCAUGAGGAGGGUAACAUUAAUUCAGAUGUUGGUGCACAUAGUGCAGCUCCUACAGAUGCUACAGUCUGUCCCUCUUCUGAAUUUGUUAAAUCCUGUAAUAAUCAGUCAGUUUUUGUUAGACAGGAGAAUCACACAAGUAAGAAACAAUUUUCAUGCUCUGAGUGUGGGAAAUGUUUCAAAUACAGAGCAAAUUUUGUUGAACAUCAGAGAAGUCACGCAAGUGAGAAGCCAUUUCCAUGCUCAGAAUGUGGGAAAUGUUUUACAAAGAAAUCAUCUCUUAUUAUGCAUCACAGACUUCACACAGGUGAGAAGCCAUUUCCAUGCUCUGAGUAUGGGAAAUAUUUCAAAUAUAGAGCAAAUUUUGUUGAACAUCAGAGAAGUCACACAGGUGAGAAGCCAUUUCCAUGCUCAGAAUGUGGGAAAUGUUUUACAAAGAAAUCAUCUCUUAUUAUGCAUCACAGACUUCACACAGGUGAGAAGCCAUUUCUAUGCUCUGAGUGUGGGAAAUGUUUCACACAGAAAUCAGCCCUUGUUGUACAUCAGAAAAGUCACACAGGUGAGAAGCUGUUUCCAUGUUCUGAGUGUGGGAAAUGUCUUGCACACAAAUCAACUCUUCUUGCACAUCUGAGAAUUCAUACAGGUGAGAAGCCAUUUUCAUGCCCUACAUGCGGGAAAUGUUUUACAAAGAAAUGCAAAAUUGUUGAGCAUCAGAAAUGUCACACAGGUGAGAAGCCAUUUUCAUGUUCCAAGUGUGGGAAAUGUUUUACACGUAAGUCAAGUCUUGUUACACAUCUGAAAAAUCACACAGAUAAGAAACCAUUUCCAUGCUCUGAGUGUGGGAAAUGUCUUGCACACAAAUCAACUCUUCUUGCACAUCUGAGAAUUCACACAGGUGAUAAGUCAUUUUCAUGCCGUAAAUGCGGGAAAUGUUUUACAGAGAAAUCCAGUAUUGUUAAGCAUCAGAAAUGUCACACAAGUGAGAAGCCAUUUCCAUGCUCUGAGUGUGGGAAAUGUUAUAUGCGAAAAUCAGCUCUUGUUGCACAUCAGAAAAUUCACACAAGAUGAAAACCAUAUCGGUGAUCUGACUGACAUGAAAGAGUUUUGCAGAAAUCUACCCUAUUGUAAAAGUAAUUGAUAGUAAUAUGUACAGUUCUGUUAAAGAGUGAAUUCUCAAAUGUAUAUUAACAUUACAUAACGGUUUUGGAGGGCAAUUCAAAACUUGAGUCUUUGCCAUCCACAGACAUAAGUGGAAUGUUCGUCAUCGACAUAAGACUGGAACGUUGUAAGAUCCACAUGUAUGGAUCUUAUUGCAGUCUCUUAGAUGUUGGUGUCUGCUAUAUAUUUUCACCACAUUUUGGCCAAAGCCAAGGAAUUGAUUUGUGUUAACUGUGGUAUUAUUUCCAUCCAAAAGUUGCGACAGGUAUACAGCCAGCUCCAAUUGAGGAGCCUGUCGAUUUCUCUGGCUGAAUGAUGUGAUAACAAACUCUUUCAUCCCUGUGGGAGGCUGGACACAAUAGGUAUUGUGCGUGGUGUUAGGAGCCUGGGCAUUUUAAAACUGAAGCCAACUCAAGCUCCUCAUACACACAACGUUUCCUACCAACAUCAGUUUUUCUUAGUGCUGGUGUUCCAGGAUGCGCUCCAGCUAGUUUUGAGUGUGGCAGAUUUUAUGUUUUUUUGUUUUCUCUUUGGCUGAUAGAGAGGUAGGUGGGUGAGUUCUUUCUCCUUCUCUACUACCUCCAGGGGCAAGGGGCCUUUAUCUUGUCUCAAACAUACCUUUCAUGCCCAGAAAAUAGGAAGAGAGUGUGUUGGAUCUGAUACAACACCACCCCCGUCCAGUGUGCCAUAGUUGAGGCAUGCCAGAUUGGUCGGACAGCCAACCAGGCCCCGGAUCAAUACACAGACAUUAGGCAUACUGAGAAGAAGGACCAUCAGGAAAAGCCCUUGGUGGAAGCUCAUAGGUUAUGCUUCAGGGUCAAAUGGUUUGAUUUCACAUCAGACGCUUGGGUAAGAGACUUAUGCAUGGGUUUAUUUUUUAGAUCUUAUUCUAGAUCUACCAGUGUUUGGCUUUACAAGAGGUUAUUCAAAAGUUGUCCCGAUACCUUCCGGCACAGAGGUGGGAGGUUUUAUUCAAACCUUUUCCUUGUUCAGUAGCCAGACGGGUAAUUUUGGUAACUGCACUCGAGUCUUUACUAAGGUUUGAUAACAGUAGUUUCUCCAGAGAUUCUGUUAGAUCAUGUCAUAGUAACAGAACAAGAAUUUGUUUCCCAUGGUUGGGUAAUAUAUUGUUUAAAAUCAAAUAUAGUUUUAGCUCAAAAUAAGCUUUUCCUGGGCAGUGUGACUGAUACCAGAUUCAGGAGGGGUUUUCUUUCUGGGAAACAAGAUUCCAUUCUUACAAAAAUGGCUCUUGAAAAAGAAGGCAUGAAAGCAUUGGGUGAAAUGGUCUCCACCUAUGAGGCAAAUCCGUUCACCCAAUUUCACUCUCAGAAGUUCCAGAUAAAGAUUUUAUGGAAAUGCUACAGGUCCCUAUCCUCAUCUGUAAUCUCAUCUCACCAUUGAGUUCACUGUUGUAGACAGGUUAUUCUUUUAUGAUGUCAGAACAAUAGACCUUAAUCUAUGAAGUUGAGGGACAGCACAGGUUUCAGGGCAAUUGGACGUUGGAGGAGCCUUCAUUCCACAUCAGUGUUCUGAAACUUUGAGCUGCCUUCAGUGCCCAAAGAUCUCUUUACAUAGACCUUUUCUUAGCUGAAGUCUACAUAAAGGGUCAGCCAGUCUAAGUCAAUUUAGACCAAGGGUGGUCAACCAGUUAGAGACAAAGAGACAAAAAAUCCAGUUAGGUACAUCAAAGAGCCGUCAUCAAGCCAAAGGUACACGUGCAAAAAAGGGGUGUAGCCUUGUGCCUGCUAGACCAUGCCCCGGUAUAAAAUACAUUGAAAAGGCCACUUCCACAUAAAAUUAUUGAAAAAGCCAGAUUCACAUAAUAUAUUUCAGCUCCCCUAUGUGUCACCCCAGCCAGCACCCUGCUGCAUCACUCCAGCCAGCUCCCACAUAUGUCACUCCUGCUAGCACCCUCCUAUGUCACACCAGCCAGUUCCCCGUGAGUCACUACUGCCAUCACCCUACUGCAUCACUCCAGCCAUCCCUCCCAUGUGUCACUCCUAGCACCCUUCUGUGUUACUCCAGCCAGCUCUCCCAUGUGUCACUACUUCCAGCACCCUACUGUGUCACUCCAGCCAGUUACUACGUGUGUCACUCUUGCCACCACUUUCCUAUGUCACCCCUGCUAGCUCCCUCGUGUCACUCCAGCCAGCUCCCCCUUGUAUCACAACAGCCCCUACAACUCGUGACAUUGCAGCAGCCUCUUAUGUGUCCUCAGUUUACCUAUAUUAUCCGGCUCCCUCAAUUCUCAGUGCCCAUAGUGCUGCUGUGUGUCUGGCUGGAGUGCAGCAGUUUCCGGAUAUAUUGUGGUCAUGUGAUUUUGAGCGUUGGGGAGCCACAUUUGAAUAAAGAAAGCCUCAUGGGGCUCAAGAGCCACUGGUUGGCCACCACUGAUUUAGACCGUGCUAUUGCAGUAGCAUUUUUGAACCAUCAGAUGGGAUACCAAGAUUACCCAGACCAUGGAGACAUAAAGGACCUUCCUUUGGGUGGAGAAGAAUGUGUGGACUCUCACCGCUUUGCAUUUUCCCAGUGUGAGCACUGGGAUGCUGACGAUUUCUGCAGACAACCUACAAUUGGGGGAAUGGUCACUUCAUCCAGAUGUUUUCCAAUAGAUAGUGGACAAUUGGGUUCAAACAGAUAUUGAUAUGAUAGUCCAGAAUGAACUUCAAAGAAAUACAUUACUGUGCCAGGACAAGGAUCUGGAGUCAAAGUUUGUUGACAUACUGAUGGUCUUUUGGAUUAAUCCCCUUAUUUAUCAUGCUGCAGAAGGUUCUGGAAAAGGUAAAGAGCAUGGCAUACUUGUUGCUCUAGAAUAGAUUUACUAAUUGGUUACUGAAAUACAAAAUCAUUUCAGAUAAUGUGAAAAAAACCGCAAUGAAUGCUAGGUGUCCUGCAUCAGCCAAAUGUACUGUAGGUUCCCAUUUUAACCUUUAAGUUAGCACAACUUUACAGGAGGUUCUUGUUACAGGGUAAAAGUGGGGGGUCUCUGAAAGCUCAGAUUUCAGCCAUGUCAGUGGUUUUUUUUUCUAUUUGUUUUUUUUAGCAGAAAAAGACUUUCGCACUUUUCAAGGCCAGUUCUGAACCUCUGUUUAAAGCCAUUUUUUAAAGCUAUCCCUCCAAGGAAAACGUUGUGAUGCCCUUGUUAUAGACAAUGCUAUUUUUACUGGUGGACUUGUGUAAUUAAAGUUAAAUAAAUUUUGAGUUUCAGUUGAUAACAA